AUGACGUCAGUGUCGUUUGAUCUUCCAACACUUCGUAAUCAUUAUACUUAUUUCACUAUUAAUAAUAAACAUAUUCCAGCGAUCUAUCGGUAUGUUGUUCUACUUGUUUUCCAUUGUGAUCGAUUCAUUUCUACGAAUAGAUUGAAAUCUGGCAUUUAUUACCCGUACGUUGCUUUUGAUCUUGUCACUGAUCAGUUGAACGAUUUUUGUUCCACAUGGACUUCAUCCAGCAAGCUGCCCCUACUACCAAUGACAAUCAACGAAACAUUGUUUUAUAAAAAUUUCUAUCCGAAACGAGAUUUCUCAUCAUCAAAAGUGAUUCUAUGUUCAUUCAUCGAUCAAUUCCUUCAGCUGAUCAACUUUUUGAAAGAUUCUCAACAAUCCGACAAAGAAAAUCAACACCAACAACACGCUCGUUUUUCAAUCGACGUGCAACAUGGAUCGACACGGGAGAUCGACAUAUUGAAUUCCGAAGCAACAACAAGAUACAAUCUUCUUCGUUCAACAGCAUUUCCUUCAUUAAAAAAUGUGACACGACGUCUUUGUUUCGAUGAUGAAAAGAGUGAUCUGUCGUCGAUCGGUGGGUAUUUGCAGUUGGAUCAAUGUAUCUAUCCCUAUGUCAUCUCUUCGAGUGAUAUCCUUUUGAAUGUGAAUGAUCUUCGAAAACCAUUUCAAUCAACAUUAAAUUAUUUGAUGCCACAUUGUCAACAACAAUCAUCAGAUGUAAUCAACAAUUACAUAAAAAUCGUUCAGUAUGGUAUACGUUGCAUAAAAAAGUAUAAAUAUUACUAUAAAAAUGUUGAUGAUAAGUUUAUUUCACUCUACCGUCUGCUUCUAUCCCACCAAUCGAUGUUCUUUGUUCAAUUAUUCGACGCACAAACUAUUUUGUCAAAGAACUUACAUGAAUAUUAUCGAACAGAUUUUGUGAACCUAUUGACGAAAAACAUUUCCAACUGUGGCUACUUGAAUACUCAGCCAUGUAUCAACGGAUGGACACCACACAAUUCAACAAUCGAUGAUCAAACGCGUUCUCGUUUAGCCACAUAUGAUGAAGUACUUCUAUUCAAUUGGCUGUUGAUCUAUGAUAACAAGUGUGUACGAGUGCAUAAUCAAUCUGGUGAGUUGGUUCUUGUCAAGCAGCAAUUGUCGAUAGUCAAGGAUAAGAUGAAACUCGUUCAAAAUGAACAUAUUAGGAAGCGUUCGACAUUACUGAGUCACAGUCCAAUAUAA